AUGAAUGUAGGAGAGUAUGCAGCAAAAUUUGAAGAACUUUCACGGUAUCACUUCCACUACCAUAAUGCCAUCAACGAGAGGCCUAGAUGUGUGAAGUUUGUCAAUGGACUUUGCACUGAAAUUAAGGAAGCCAUAAGAUUGCAAGAGAUUCAGGAGUUUUCUACAUUAGUGAACAGAUGCAGGAUUUUUGAAGAAGAUCAUAAAGCAAGGAUUGCCAAGUUCAUAGAACACCGUUCUGAGUCUUCAGAGACAGAACUAUGGGUCUCAAUUUGUAACAAACCUGGGCAUAUGUCCCGUGACUGCCCGAUGGUAAAGAAGGAAGGAGAUGGAGGCAAUAGAAACUAUUACAACCAAAAUCUUAGUGGAGGGGUAGCUAGCAGGCCAAAGGCUUAUGGUAAAGUUUUUGCAAUGAGCGAAAAAGAAGUAUCUCACUCUGACAUGAUGAUUGGAGGUGCAUCACAUUCAUUUAUUUCUACUAGUUGUGUGGAACAAUUGAGAUUACCUACCAUAGCAUUGCCAUUUGAUUUGUCUGUUCAUACCCCGAGUAAUGACCCUGUUAUCACUGCCAAAGCAUGCUCGAAGUGUCCUAUUAGUAUAGAUGGUAGAAACUUUAUAGUGAAUCUAUUCUGUUUUCCUUUAAAAGAAUUGGAGGUUAUUUUGGGAUUAGACUGUUUAUCUGACAACCAUGUCAUCAUAGACUGUUGCAGGAAGACUAUUGUGUUUAGAGAUUUUGAACACGACAAUUCUGAGUAG